ACUUUUUCUCACCCAAUUUUGUAAGCAAAAGUAUAAUGUUACCGACAUGAUAAGAGCAGAGUUGGUCACUUUGAUUCCGUGGCAGACUCUCUCAAAGGACGUAAUCAGCUUCACCAUUCACUUUUUUCCUCAUAACAAAAGCUUCAACAUAGCAAAGCUUAAGGGUCAUUGAUGGAAGCAGCUAAGAUUUUCACUAUUCCAAUUAGGAGAUUUGAGUAGUGUAGCUGGUGGAGCUAACUGAAUAUAUAUUUUUUGAAUCACUUUGUGCUAUGGAAUUCAGUAAAUCUUUUUUAGAUCAUAAAGUAACUAAGUCUUCACCUUCCCCUGCACUAUGUUGUGUGGAGACAGUGCCUAAAGAUGAUGAACAAAAUUCUCAUAUUACAGCUUUUAAUUCAGGAGAAGGAUCUUCCAAUUCCGGUAAUGAAUCGUCUUCGUCAACUACCGUACGCGAUGUGCAUAUAUCAAUGCGGUUAAUGGAGGACUUUCUUGAUCUUGCGAAAGAAAAUACCGAAAAGGAUCUGGAAACAUGCGGUAUACUUGGUGCAUUUCUGGAGAAAGGAACCCUCUAUAUGACUACACUGAUCAUACCGAAGCAGGAAUCAGCAUCUAAUUCUUGUAAUGCCACAAAUGAGGAGGAAGUUUUCACAAUUCUAAAUGAAAGAUCCCUUUAUCCUGUGGGAUGGAUCCAUACGCACCCUUCUCAAAGUUGUUUCAUGUCAUCGGUGGAUCUGCACACUCAAUAUUCGUACCAGGCGAUGAUUCCGGAGGCAUUUGCCAUUGUAUUGGCACCAACUGACACCUCAAAGAGCUGUGGACUCUUUCGCAUAACCGAACCUGAUGGGAUGAAUAUUCUAAAAAAUUGUCCGGAGAGAGGAUUUCAUCCACACAAAGAACCAGAUAAUGGGAGCCCUGUGUAUGAGCACUGCUCCAAUGUGUACAAAAAUUCCAAUCUAAGGUUUGAAAUAUUUGAUUUACGCUAAAAUGACUCUGAUUCUGCACAUAUUAUUCCAGGAAGGAACGAUGUAUAUAGUAUAAUUACAAGAAGCAUGUAAUAUUUACACCCAAAAAUUCUGAUAUACAGUUAUUGUAUCAAUUGGUUUAAUGUAAUAAGGUCAGUUAGAUACAUACCUCUUGGAUAUUCAUACUUAAUCAGGAUGGAAACUUUAAAGAUAAAUUGAAAGUUUGAGGAAAUAAACUCAAUAAAGAUUUCUUUGAUUUCUA